CGAGAAGGAUUCAACUGGCAUGCAUCAUACCCGGAGGACACCAUUGCCCCGGAAGCAACCCUAUUGCUGCUGCUGCUGCGAGUCACACUUUACUCAUCCGCUGCACAGCACCCCGCCGCAGCGCAAGCAACGAACGCAUACGUGAGUGUAAAAAUAAUCGAGAAAUUACAAAAAACAUUGGAGGAGUGAAGAGUGGCAGGCACCACGAGAGAGAGUGGUGUCGCUCCACUCACGGGAAGGCCUCUCAUUUUCUGGCUGGCUGGCCAUUCCUCGUUGAUCUUUUGCACUUCAAUCACACACACACACUUCGUGACAAGAUGAAAGGACUCGACGAUGGAGAUUCGUCGACUGACUCUCUGUUACCAAAGUACACGGAUGAGAAAAAACUAGAAGACGUCGAGAGUCGACCUGCUAGCCCUCUGCUCGCUCCCGCCGCUGCGCAGGCGAAUGGAGCUCUCGGUGGUCCCGCGACGACCCCUAGACGAAAAAAUGCUCCAUGGAUGUUCAAAGCCAUCAUGUUCUGGUUCAGUCUCUGGGCAGGACUUCACGUCCUACGACGAUUAUCUGGUCCCAAGCACGAAGAACAUGCCCAUGGUUUUUGGCCAUCCCCAGCCAUGAAUCGCCUUACUUCCGGAUGGAGGAGGAGUUUGAAGUCGGGUACCACGCCCGAAGUGUGAUGGUCUUCAAGGAUUUGUCGAAUCAUGUCGGUCGUCGACACGCCCAAGGCAAGGCACUCGUCUUUGACAUGCCUUCGGAGAUUCCUGCUCAAUUAGUCAUCUCCAAGGACGACGUGGCAUUCCCCACGGUCGUCAUUGAGACUGAUCAGGAAGAAGAGACGUUUGAUGCUAUCAAGUUUGAUGAGGGAUUCUCGACGUACACCAUUCAUGUGCCGGAAGAAGCAUUCGCCCACCUCAUCAAGCUGAAACUCCCUCUCGAAUUCGACCGGAUCCCUCGCCUCGUGAUCGAUGACGAAUCCUACGUGCCUAUUCUGCUUGAUGAGUCCGCGGCGGGUCUCCCCUUCUCUUCCUUGUCCAUUCAAUCGAGCGAGAUCGACGAAGAUGCUGUCCGAGGGCUCAACGCUGAGAUCAUCGACAUUCACGUCACGAACGGUGAUAUCAAAGGUACCUUCAACAUCACUAGAGGUAUCAACCUCCAUACCGUGACGGGAAACAUUGAUGCCGAGGUGAUCGUAUCGAGACAUGCGAGAUGUCACGGCAAUCAUUCAGAAGAGCACGAGAGGCCUCACCGUCCUCACCGUCGACAUCACGACGACAACGACGUCGAUGAGGAGGAGGAGGACCACCACAAGGACAAAUCUCGAUGGAGUUGGCUCUCGUUCUUUGACUCUGAGGAGAAGGCUGAGCAUCACAAGCAUAAACACGGCCACAAGCACAAGCACAAGCAUGGUGAUAAGCAUGAACACAAGCACAAGCACCAUGGAAAGCAUGAUCACAACAAGGAGCCACAUGGACCUCACCCGCCUCACGGUCCUCCUCACGGUCCUCCUCAUGACCCACCUCAUGGCCCUCCCCAUGGACCUCCCCAUGGACCUCCCCAUGGACCUCCCCAUGGCCCACCUCGCGGCCCACAUGGUCCACACCCUCAUGGUCCCCCUCCUCCCUUUAUCCGCGCUGAAUCUUCCACUGGUGACGUCAAGCUCAAGAUUUCUCAACCUUACGGACUCGGCACCUUUACCACCGCUUCGACCCACCGUGGCAAUGUGGACAUCGACGGUGCCGACAAUUUCCGUGGAUUGUUCAAGGCUGGUACCCAUGUGGGUGACAUCAAGAUCACUGCGGAUACAACACGUAACAAGACCCUCGAAGUAAUCAAGAAAGUUGAAGAGGGACCUGGCGGAUGGACCGUUGGUCUCGUCAAGAAUUUCCACGAGGGUAACGAGACGGUCAAAUAUCCUCGCCAAGCCCACUUAGAGGAGAUGUGAGUGAAGGGCGGUAGGCAUCAGAGGCAGCUUUCAGACUGACCCUGCGUGCCAGGUACCGGUCAAUGUACGCCGAUGAUGAGCCAAAGGAGCCCAAGGAGCCCAAGGAGCCUAAGGAGCCUAAGGAGCCUAAGGAGCCUAAGGAGCCAAAGGAGCCCAAAGAACCCAAGGGUCCAGAUGGCCCUCGACCUCCUCACCGUGGACCCGAGCACCCUCACCCUCCGCCUCACGGGCCACAUGGCCCUCACGGUCCACAUGGUCCUCACGGUCCCCAUGGACCUGAGAGACCUCACGGGCCUCCUCAUUGGUUCAGUCUCUCAGGGAUAGGACAUGAAACAA